GUUCCUAAGUGCUUCACUUCCUGUUUGCCGAAACUUCUGAAUCCGGGUCAAGGGUGUCAGCGUCCCUGUCUUCCACCCGGCUGCUCCUGGCACCCACCGUGACAGCGGCUUUCGACUUAGCCCAGGGAGGAUUUCUUGUCAGGACUUGUUCGAACCCGGACGCCCUCACCUAUACCGGGACGCGGGGGCGCGCUUCCUCCAUCUACCGGCUAGCAGCCCUGGGUUCUGGGCGCACCCCGCCUCUGGGGGCCCCAUUGGGCCCUCGGCGCUGAUGCUGACAGUGACCUAGGCCCGGGGCGCUGCAUAGUGCGGGCAUCAAACUCCUUGGAACCGCCACGAGCGGUGUCGGGUCAUAAGCUCGCUAGGUUCGCCAUCUUCCGCCUAGGCUUGGAUGGGCCCUUCUGCCCGAUAAAUGUGGCUGCUGAGGCGGCGGUGGCGGUGGCCAGUCCCGCUGCUGCUUAACUCCAGGUUCAUAUCCUACCCCUCCUCUGGCCUGUGGCCUCCCGCUCCUUACCCCCUGUCCCUGGACCUGGCGCGCGGCGACAAUGGACAAGAUCCUGGAGGGCCUGGUGAGUUCUUCGCAUCCGCUGCCUCUAAAGCGGGUGAUUGUGCGGAAGGUGGUAGAAUCCGCGGAGCAUGGGCUAGACGAGGCUCAGUGCGAGGCCAUGUUUGACCUGACUACCCGGCUCAUCCUGGAGGGCCAGGACCCCUUCCAGCGACAGGUGGGGCACCAGGUGCUGGAGGCCUACGCACGCUACCACCGACCCGAGUUUGAGUCCUUCUUCAACAAGACCUUCGUGUUGGGCCUCCUUCAGCAGGGCUACCACUCGCUGGACAGGAAGGACGUAGCCAUCCUGGACUAUAUUCACAACGGCCUGAAGCUAAUCAUAAGCUGCCCAUCGGUACUGGAUCUCUUCAGCCUGCUGCAGGUGGAGGUGUUACGGAUGGUUUGUGAGAGGCCGGAGCCGCAGCUGUGUGCCCGACUGAGCGAUCUCCUGAUCGACUUUGUGCAGUGCAUCCCUAAGGGAAAAUUGUCAAUCACCUUCUGUCAGCAGCUCGUUCGGACGAUAGGCCACUUCCAGUGCGUAUCCACCCAGGAGAAGGAGCUGCGUGAAUAUGUCUCUCAGGUGACAAAAGUGAGUAACUUGCUGCAGAACAUAUGGAAGGCUGAGCCAUCCACACUCCUGCCUUCCCUGCAAGAAGUUUUUGCAAGCAUCUCUUCCACAGAUGCAUCAUUUGAACCUUCUGUAGCAUUGGCAAGCCUUGUGCAGCAUAUUCCUCUACAGAUGAUUACGGUUCUCAUCAGGAGCCUUACUACAGAUCCAAACGUAAAAGAUGCAAGUAUGACCCAAGCUCUUUGCAGAAUGAUUGAUUGGUUGUCCUGGCCAUUGGCUCAGCAUGUGGAAACAUGGGUGAUUGCACUCUUGAAAGGACUGGCAGCUGUCCAGAAGUUUACUAUUUUGAUAGAUGUUACUUUGAUGAAAAUAGAACUGGUUUUUAAUCGACUUUGGUUUCCUCUUGUGAGACCUGGUGCUCUUGCAGUUCUUUCUCACAUGCUGCUUAGUUUCCAGCAUUCUCCAGAGGCUUUCCAUCUGAUUGUUCCUCAUGUAGUUAAUUUGGUUCACUCUUUCAAAAGUGAUGGCCUGCCUUCCAGUACAGCCUUUUUAGUGCAAUUAACAGAAUUGAUACACUGUAUGAUGUACCAUUAUUCUGGGUUUCCAGAUCUCUACGAACCUAUUCUGGAGGCAAUAAAGGAUUUUCCUAAGCCCAGUGAAGAGAAGAUUAAGUUGAUUCUCAGUCAAAGUGCCUGGACUUCUCAAUCCAAUUCUUUGGCAUCCUGUUUGUCUAGACUUUCUGGAAAAUCUGAAACUGGGAAAACUGGUCUGAUUAACCUAGGAAAUACAUGUUAUAUGAACAGUGUUAUACAGGCGUUGUUUAUGGCCACAGAUUUUAGGAGACAAGUAUUGUCCUUGAAUCUAAAUGGGUGCAAUUCUUUAAUGAAAAAAUUGCAGCAUCUUUUUGCGUUUUUGGCUCAUACACAGAGGGAAGCUUAUGCACCUCGGAUAUUCUUUGAGGCUUCCAGACCUCCAUGGUUUACUCCUAGAUCCCAGCAAGACUGUUCGGAAUACCUGAGGUUUUUGCUGGACAGACUCCAUGAAGAAGAAAAGUUCUUGAAAGUUCAGUCUUCACACAAGCCUUCUGAAAGUCUGGGAUGCAGUGAAACUUCUUUACAUGAAGUAGCCAAUAAGACAGCUCUACUAACAGAGACCUCUUACACAAGUGACAGUGAAAAGACUUUAAUAGAAAAAAUGUUUGGAGGAAAACUACGAACUCAUAUAUGUUGUUUGAACUGCAGAAGUACCUCACAAAAAGUGGAAGCCUUUACAGAUCUUUCACUUGCCUUUUGUCCUUCCUCCUCUAUGGAAAACUUGUCUUUUCAAGAUCCAGCAUCAUCACCUAAUGUACAAGGUGGUAGUCUAAUGCAAGCCAGUGUACCUGAUCCUUCAGAAGAACCAAUUGUUUAUAAUCCAGCAACAGCUGCCUUUGUCUGUGAUACAAUUGUGAAUGAAAGAACUAUAGGCAGGCUUCCUGAUGAGCUUCACUGUACUGACAACACUUCUGUCCCUAAUGAAUCUAGCAAGAUUCUGGUUAAUAAUGGUUUAUCUCAGAAACCAGGAGGUGACACUCCACCUUCAGUAACUGACUUACUAAAUUAUUUUUUGGCUCCAGAGAUUCUUACUGGUGACAACCAAUAUUAUUGUGAAAACUGUGCCUCUCUGCAGAAUGCUGAGAAAACUAUGCAUAUUACGGAGGAACCUGAAUACCUUAUUCUUACUCUCCUGAGAUUUUCAUAUGAUCAGAAGUAUCAAGUGAGAAGAAAAAUUUUAGACAAUGUAUCACUGCCACUGGUUUUGGAGUUGCCAGUUAAAAGAACUACUACUCUUUCUUCGUUGUCAGAAAGUUGGUCUAUAGAUGUUGAUUUCACUGAUAUUAGUGAGACUCUAGCUAAAAAAUUAAAACCUUCUGGGACUGAAGAAGCUUGCUGCCCAAAAUUAGUGCCCUAUCUGUUAAGUUCUGUUGUCGUUCACUCUGGUAUAUCCUCUGAAAGUGGUCAUUACUAUUCUUAUGCCAGAAAUAUCACAGGUACAGAGUCCUCAUAUCAGAUGUGCCACCAGGGUGAAACUCGGGCUUUAGCAUCCUCCCAGAGUAUUUUAUUGGGCAGAGAUAGUCCCACUGCAAUUAUUGAACAGGACUUGGAAAAUAAGGAAAUGUCAAAAGAAUGGUUUUUGUUUAAUGACAGCAGAGUGACGUUUACUUCAUUUCAUUCAGUCCAGAAAAUUACGAGUAGGUUUCCAAAGGACACAGCUUAUGUGCUUUUGUAUAAAAAACAGAACAGCACUAAUAGUCUAAGUGGUAAUAAUACAACCAGUGGACUCUGGGUAAAUGGAGACCCACCUCUACAGAAAGAACUUAUGGAUGCUAUAACAAAAGAUAAUAAACUAUAUUUACAGGAACAAGAGUUGAAUGCUCGAGCCCGAGCUCUACAAGCUGCAUCUGCCUCCUGUUCAUUUCGGCCCAAUGGAUUUGAUGACAAUGACCCACCAGGAAGCUGUGGACCAACUGGUGGAGGGGGUGGAGGAGGAUUUAAUACAAUUGGCAGACUGGUAUUUUGAGCCUGAGAGAGUCCAAAAUGCACUGAUCACAAACAUCCAAUACGAUGACUGUUAAAAUGUCAAACUGUUACAAAUAACAUAUUUUUUAUUUUUCUUUUCAUUAGACCCUUAUACUUUAAGAAAACACACUCAGUGCUUGUUUUUAUUUUCUUGACAAUAACAUUUAUUAUCAAAAUGCAUCAUGGGAAAAAAAUCUACCUCUUACAAUUCCAUUUGCGUUUAUGUUUAGAUAUUCUUGACCAAAACAUUUUUAAAGGAAAAUAAGUACCUGGUCCCUAAUUAAGCUGCAUUAGAAUUAGUAGAGGCAUUUGAAUGGUCCUAUUGUAGUUUUACUGAACAAAAAAUGUAAUUUAUUUAGCAUUCUUUAUAAAAGAAUCAAUGCUAAAAGUGAGGGAAAUGUUUAAAAAAAACAAAAAAACAAAAAAACCUUUAUUUCCUGUGUGGUUACCCCUUUAUUAAAUUAAAAUCUUUGAAAAAACUAGAGAUGAUACAGUCUCUGAUGAAGGCAAUAACAUAAAAUGUAUCAAGCUAUAGUACUUUUCAGGGUUUUGUUUAGUGCUGUCUUCAGCAUUACUAUAUCUGCAUUUCAAGUAAAAGUGUUUAAAAUAAUUAUACAUAUGUGCUGAACAGAUUUUGAGAAAGGUGCAUGAUCCUGUAGGAGCAACAUUUUUACCUAAAAAUUGUUAACUUUGUAGUAUUUCUAAUUGUUCAAGGAUUUUAAAAUUCUAUUUCAGGGAGUAUAUCUUUUGUGUGUUUUGAAGGAGGUGAGUUCUGUAUGUGCCUUGCAGUACUGUAAUUCAAAAAUAGGAAUCUUUGGCUGCAGAAAAGUUUUUUAAAAAUGAGAUGAGAGGUAAUUUUUUUGUGUUAACAUUAAACUUAUAAUUCAAAUUAUAACUUUUUGAAAGGUAUUCGAUUUCCAGAAGUAAAAUCUGAUGGUUCUAUAUCAGUAAGUGUGAUAGUUCAUUUUUAACUCUUAAAAGAAUUCAGAGAAAAUGAACCUAGUCAAGUAAAAAAUCUUUUUUGAUUUUGUUACUUAAAACAGUGCCCAAAAUAUUAAACAUUGACUGUAUAUUUUAGAGUUAUACAUUGUUUUUUGCUUGUUUGUUUCUUUGAGUCAUUAUGUGUUGCACCAUUGUUUCUAUUUCAUAGUUUUAGAUAAAAUGUUGAAAUGCCGGACACUGCCAUCCAGUAUUUCUUUUGCCGGGAAACUAGAAGCCUGUCGUUUCUCCUGAGUAUUCAGGAGUUAUCCCAAUUUUUUUCCUUCCUAAAGGUUUUAACUUAUCCAUGGUUAGUGCAUUGUUCUGAAGAUUGGUCUCCUGUUUAUUUUGAAAACAUUUUAAGGAAAGAAUGUUCUUUGGUGAUUUGGAUUUUAUCUUUUUCCCAGGCUUUUAUGAUGGUGAUUAAAAACAGAAAUCUUCCAUGUUUAUUCCACCACCUCCCACUCCCCUAACCUGUUUCCAGGUUAGGGAAGAUUAGGAAAACUGAUUGGAUUAGUUAAAAGCUGGGAAUUCUUUCCAGAAUUAAUCAAGUCCUCUUCUCUAUAAAUGAAUGAAUCAGAAGGAUAUUUUUAUCAUGCUUUGUUUCCUUUGUCCUAACGGUGAAUUUCUAAUUUCUGUGUACCUAGUUAUCUACUGGCUAUAUAAUGAUUUAUAAAGAGAUUAUAUCAGUCUUUGCAUUUAUUGAAAUUGGUGAAGUCAUUUAAUACUUGGAUUGAUAGUGGGCUAAGAUGUUACUAGGAACUUCCUUAAAGGCAAUAAACCUACAGACAGUUUUAUCUAUGAAUUUCAGGUCAUUCAAGGAUUUAUAUGCCAAGGUGUAAUAUGUGUUGAAUUUUCAAAAUGAUAACAAAAAGAUGAAGUUGUAGUUAUGUAAUAAUACUGAGACUAUUCAAAUUAUAACUUGAUACCAAUACCAAAAACUUGAAAUUAAAGACUACUUUUUAAGAUUAAAAAUAUGGUAACAUUGAUGAAUUUGAAGUAUUCACACCUAGGGAAGACUUGAAACCAGAACAACCAGUAGCUUCAUUCAAAACCCAUCCAACUGAAUUUUUAAAAUAAGGUAAUGCUUAACAAUUGUUCUGAUCUGUUUAUCCCUUAGUCAGUAAUCAGCAUCCUUACCAUUACUUACAUAAGCUUUAUUUCAUUGUAAUAUUAGAUCUUUUAUUUCUCCUGGAUUCCUAACCUUUGUACUUUCCUUUGCCUCUUGUCCUGAUGUCUUCUGAGCUAAGGCUAACUAGAUGGAGUGCAUUGCUGUUUCUCUGUAGUUCAGUCAAAAGUGAUCGUUUUAAGUGAAGUUGCUCAUUACUGCUAAAAAAGGAGUGUGUUAGGCUUCCCUCUAACAAAAACAAAAAACUGGAAAUCCAAAUCUAUUCCUUUCAAAGAUCAUUGUUAGCACAAUGAGAAAAGUAGAAUUUUUUUCAGAGCGGUAAAUGAAAAAGGAAAUAUAUGGGAUGUGGUCAUGCAAGCCCUGGUAACCUGUCAACUUAUAUAGGCCCCUGUGCAACUCAAACUCAUGACAUUUACAUAUCACAGGCUGGAGGAGGGAAUCUAGCACAUUCUCCAUUCUAGUGUCAUCGCACCACCUCUCUUCCAGCUGAUUAAUCAGAGAAGCAAGGCAGCAUUAGGCUAUAGAUCCUUCACUUCUGUUUCCAUACCUUAAGAUGCUAGUAGAAUUCUGUGGCUAAAGAGAUUAAUAUCCCGCAUGAAGACUAGAGGUAUAGAGAGUCCUUGUGACCAGCUCAAAAAGCCUAUAAUAUUAACUCAAGUCUAGAAAGAGCAAAAACAUUUCACAACUAAAUCUUGAGCUCAAAUUCUAUAAUGUUCUUUUCUUAUUUAGUUGUUUUUAUGGUAAUGUUAUUUACAAAAGUAGUUGCCUUCUUUUCAUAUACUACCUCAUUUGUGUGCCCAGCACAGUUUCAGGAAAAAAUAAUUGGCAUGAUUAGUCCAGUACACAGAUCUUAAUGGAAAUCACUGUUUUGAUAUUUUGUACUUUGUUUGAGGUUUUAAUUUUCAGUAUAUUUUCCUAUGAUUGUAAUCUACACUAAGAGAGCUUUUUAAAUGAAUAUUUCAGAGGAAACAGUAUUGUACAUUUAUAUAUAGUAUCUUUUCUCUUAAGGCAGCUACACUUUAUAUAUACUUUCAUCCUCUGUUUACUUCAGAUGAUUUUAGAUUUCUAAAACUAAAUAUCCCUGAAGUGGAGAAGGAUACGUUAUUCACAUUUGUAGAAACUUAGUAGGAAAUGUUAAAGUGCAUCAGCAAAGAAAUUUGAAUGAAAAGUUAUCCACUUAAAAAAUGUCUAAAAUAUAAGCUGUCUCAUGUAUGUAUUCGUAAGUCUUUACCAAACUAUCUUUUAUCUUCAUAAUGUUAGCCUUAUUUUGUUAUACUAAGUUAAUUUUCUGAUAGACUAAGUUAAUUUUCACUUUUGGAAGUGAAACUCAAAAUAAAUGGGUUAAAACAAGAAUU